AACAAAAAAAAAUCUCCCAAGNUUAAGCUCACUUGAAGGAAAAAAAAAAAAUGGCUUCCCCAAUGAAAAUGAGUUUGAUUUUCUUUGCUUGCUCUCUUUUAUUCAAGGGAUCUCUAGCCGAUGUCAUAUGCGAGAACUUACCGGAGAAUCUCUGCGCCUUCGGAAUCUCAACCUCCGGUAAGAGAUGCGUGCUCGAAAACUACAAAAACGAGGUUUCCGGCAGCCUCGACUACACUUGUCAGACAUCGGAAAUCGUGGCCGAGAAAUUUUCCGGCCACAUCGAGUCCGACGGCUGUGUGGCCGCUUGUGGCCUUGACCGGCGGCUCGUCGGAAUAUCCUCCGAUGCCCUCUUGUCGCCGGAGUUCACCGCUACCUUAUGCUCACCGGCUUGCUACCAAAACUUAUUUUUGCCGGCUCUUUGCAAAAAACAGAGCUCCAGCUCAAGACGUGCGGCGUUGGAGCUUUUGAGCAGCGGCGGUGGAGCCCCUUUCACGGUGGAUGAUGGCGUGGCCCCUUCUCCGGCGCCGGCCACAUACUGAUACAGUUAUAUGGAGUUAAUUUGGCUGAAUAUUCAUUAAAAAAACUAUAUAUAGAUAAAAGAGAUAAGGAUCAAGAAUAUAUAUAAUUAUAAAUAAUGGGUUUUAGUAGUUGGUCUAUUUUGAUGAUGGAAAUGUUAUGGUUAUUUGUUUCAAUUUGGAUUUUUAUUGAAGGUCUUUGUGGGUGACAUUCAGUAUAAUAUAAUAUGUUGAUGAAUAUUUGGAAUAAAUACAACUAAUUUUAAUA